AUGGCGUCCACAGACGAAGAGCGAAAAGAGGUUUCGUUUAGAAAGCGAGUGCUCACAGCAAUCGAAACACUGACCGAAGUUGAGAAUAUAUCCGAACUGCAGACACAUGUAAGGCGCAAUGAACUUGAGGGAAUAAAACUGUACUGAAUUCAGUUGCAAUACCUUCACAAUCUGGCUUGGGAUGAAGUUAUUGAGGAGCGGUUUCUGAGCAAACAGUGUGGAUUCCCAACCUGCUCACAAAUUCCGCCCCAGAAGAAACGAAAUCAACUGUACCAGAUUGACAAGAAGGAAAAGAAGGUAUGAUAAACAGAGCAGUUUGAGACGCUCACAAAAUUUUCAGAUUUACGAGUUCUGCAAGCAGCGAAGUAAAUUCUGCUCGGAACAGUGCUACCACAAGAGCGUCUUCAUUCGGAACCAACUUGAGGAGCAACCGCUAUGGAUCACCGGUUAUUGUGAGCAAAGAAUGAGUUAGGAAAUGAUCUAUGGGCACUAUGAUAGCUCUGAUUUCAGAGAAAAAGUUCGAACUUCCGGAUAAAACGUUCGCAAGUCCAAAGAACGAAACGGAGACGGCUUCUGAGCCAGACCCUGAAUCCAUUGAAUUUGUUACUGAUACGGUUUGAAAUAAAUUCGCUUACAGACAAUCAUUUUUUGAUUUCAGAUAAUUGCAAAAGUGAAAGGAAUGAAGUUGAAAGAAGAGUACGAGGAGCCGAAAGUGGCAGAUGAAGAAGAAGCUGAGCUGCAACCAUACAAACUGACGGACGACGACAAGGAUUUCAUCCGAUCAAUACGUCAAUUCAAAGCCACAAACUUUGGUGCUCCGUCGGCAGUUCCAAAGAAACAGUCAGCAAAAACGAAGCUGACGGCAAUAAAUCAGAAGAAAGAGGAGGAGAUUUUGGAGAGACUCCGAGCCAAAUACGGCAACAAGAACGCGAAACAGAAGAAGCCGCCGGUGAUUAUUGAGGCACAGCCGCUGAUUCAGAGAGCAUCCGUCGAGGAACAAUCAAAGAAGACUGUUCAAUGGAAGGACACGUGGCUCACCGACCUUAUCAAGUAAACCUCAAGAGUGUUCUGCAUGCAUCAACUUAUUUCCUCUUCAGAUCUUGGUUCACUCCGGAAACUCGUCAGAUGAUUCGGGAAGGCGCACGACCUGUGGGCGGAGCAGCCGAGCAGAUUCUCAUGGACUUUCUUUCCGGAAAGAAAGUGGAAAGUACGGUGAAUCUGCCCAAUCUGGACAAGUACAAUGUGAGGGAAAAGAGACUCAACAUCUAUUUGCAAUCCGUCCGGAAUCAGUGAGCGGGAGAAUCUGCGUAGCUUUUCGAAACAGUAUUUCAGUUGGCUCGAACUGGAAGCCCUUCUCCACGUGACUCCCACUCGGAGGGACCUUCUCAGUCGUGUCGCCGCCACUUUCAACCUCAAUUCGGAAAAUAUCGCCGGAUGGAAUAAACGGGAGAUAAAUCAGAUCGUACUCGCUCUGUUCCUCACGUGAGAACUUUCGCUUCAUAUUAUAGCGACAUUUGACUGCAAUCGCGCUCUAACAUAAUUCCACGUAAAAACACGGCCGCCACCGCGACCUUUUCUAAUUAAGCACUGAAUUCACGUGGUGUGCAGUAGAGCGAGAUUGCAGUCAAAUGCAUCGCUAAUAAUAUUCCUACUUCAUCUCAUUUUCAGAGUGUCUCUCAUUGAUGUUGAACUCGGCGAUGAGUACUUCAAAAAGGAGCACGUCUCCCACGAAUUAUCGGCCGCUGCUUAUGAUAUUUGUGGACUUCACCCGCAUGAUAUCACAUGUCUUUACACCUUCAUCAAAUCAGAAAGUUCUUGUCAAAUUUAG